AUGGAUGAGCUUUUACUGCAAGGAGAAAAUCAUAUUAUAACAGAACAACUACUAAAUCCUAACUAUUAUGAAAGAAAAUAUGCCACAAAUGAAAAAUCACCUACAGGAGUGAGCGAAGAUGAGUCAAAUCUAAAAAACUCAGCGAAUGUGAACAAACAAAUCGCAACGAUAAACGCACAACCCCUUGAACUCUCAACCAAAGUAACACCUGAACGAUGGCCCGAGGCAAUUGACUAUUUGACGCAUAUUAAAAAAACAACCAACUUCGAUGAUCACAACCUAACCACUACGAGCAGUGAAGAUUCGAACGAAUCUGAGGAUCACAUAAUAGAGAAUCUGAGUAUGAACAUUAAGAAUGUUGGCAGCAAUGAAACUUUAAAGCAGCAGUUAGACUUUUUACAAAAAAAUGCGGAGAACAUCAAAAAACAACAACACAUGGUUGGUGAAAAUGGUGUGAAUAUUCUAGAAAGGGCUGAAUACACUGAUGAAGACCCAACAGAAAGAGUGUAUGCGCUGGUUAGUAAUAUAAACAAUAAUCAUGAAAACUUGACGGCCAAUGUUGCCACAAAUUACAACCAAAAAAUUAAUCAGGCAUCCUCGUACAGUGUGUUACCAAGAUUACCAAUGCCUCUAAUGCAACCAACUGAUACUAAUGAAGAACCAGCUAAUUCAUAUGUAAUACCAGUCUUGAAGGAUACUAUAAUUACAACAAAAAGAGGUCAACAAAAUGAGUCUAUAAAUCCUAGCGUUGAACCGUUCUAUAAUGACAGCUUGAAAUUAUCCAAGCCUCCGCAUCAAUCUAAUGUGAAAGAGGUUACCAACGAGAAUCAUCAAGCAGCAAUGACGCUGUAUGAUGAUAGAAUCUCAGAGGAGCAAGAAUAUGAGACUCAUUUCAUUACAAUAAACAAGUCGUCAAACUACAAUAAUGAAUUGGUUUAUGGUACGACAUCAUAUGAGGCGUUAAAACUUCCACAAUCAGCACCGAAACCGUCUAAAAGAAAGCAAUCACCAAUCUCAGACGACGCAACUAGCUUAGCCGGUGUAUCAAAAGAAUAUUUGUCACAAACAAGUGAAUUGAUGAAUAUUUAUGAAUAUAACCAACCACAGCAGAUAGCCGAGGUUUUCUUAUCUGAGCCCUCGGAGCCAACAAUAUCCACGAGCGCAUUAUCAAAUACUUUCAAAACAGUCAAUAUAGAGAAUGGUUUUAAGAGUCUCACAGAAAUAUUUUAUGAGUUUUCUAUACCCAUUUCUAAUGUGAUGCAGCAACUAAUGGAUAGACACGAGGUAAGCCCAGAAAACGCAAUUUUACCCACGAGCUCACACGAAUACGAAAAUGCUCAAAAAACUCAAACUUUCACAGUUAGCAACGAACGACCCGAUACGAUAGCUGAAAUGCUGCAUGAUGGAACCGACUCUAUGGAGAUUGGUUAUGGAUCGAAUUAUGCGAUAUUACAGGCCCAGAUGAAUUUCACAAAUUUUAUUCGCACGAAAGAGAUUGCGAGUGACGAAAACAGUUCAAAAGAAUAUCUUUUUCAGGAAGUGCUUAAUGGGGAGGAAGAAUGCAAUGGAAUGUGUGUUGAGGAUUCAAAGAAAGAUGAAGCACCGCCAUUUAGUAAACUUAACCAACCAACAACAAAUUAUCAAUCGAAUGAAUAUGGCGAAAGUAAUGAAAGUGAGCACGAAGAAAAUAACAAGUCAGCAACAGAGUACAGUAAUGUAAAUGUUGUAACCACAAACCCAGCAGCAACAGAAACAAAAGUUUCAACAACUAAAGUAAUGACAUUAUUUGAUGCAACCGCAAUGCCAUUCGCAACCUAUCCGAUUGCAACGAUUGCAAAUGAGCCAGCAAACAAUUUAGAGCAUCUGGAAGUGGCAAUUGAAAACGAUGUAGGAAAGGAAAUUGAAAAUAUUGACAAAACCAAUGAAAUGCAAGUGGAAACUAUUCACCAACAACAACACUCACACUUCGCCGCCAACAAGGAGUUGCUUGCGGAGAACACAAACGACAAGUCGGCUUGGGUGGCUACUGGAUUACAACACAUCAGCCACACGCUUUCGGCACAGCCGGACAAGACGACAACCGUAGGUAGUGUGAUGGGCGAGCGUAAAGGAGUGCCAAAAUCGGAAGUGAUGUGCAACAAAACGGAGAUAAUUAAAAGUGAGCAGUACAGCAAAACAAAUGAAAAUGGAAAUGAAAAUGAAAUUGAGAAUGAAAAGGCAGAAAUGAUAUCUGGAGGACGUGUGUUGCUUGGACGAUCCUUGAGUUAUACGAUAAGCUGUCAUAUCGGCGAACACGAGCUACCCACUACAAACGCAACAGUCGUACAAGCAGCAAACACUACUGAUGAGAAUAACCGGGAGAAAAUAAUAAAAAAUCAUGAACAGUUGACAAUUACAAGUGCCGAUGACAGCAGAAAUGGACUGCCAGUAGGACCCCGAGAGCCCGUGGUUGCUGAGCCAAUAGAGCGUCGCAUUGAAAUGGACAGCACUGGUGACAAAGCGAAUGAAGGCGUCGCUGACGAAGGUGUAGGCAGCGCUGACAUUCAUGGCAAUGGAUAUUAUGGCGAAAGCAAUGCUGGUGUGGACAUUGCGGAGGAUGGAAUGGAGAGCGGCGAAAAUUACUACAUUGAUGAGGUUGUGCGUGCAAUUGAUGGUGAUGCCGAUGCUGAUGGUGAUGGUGAUGGUGGUGUUGAUGACUAUGUGACCAACGCUGCAUCGCUUCAUGUUAAUGGCAUUCAAAGCCGUGUGCGGCAGGCAGCUGCAAUGACAGCAGUUGCACAAUUUACAACCAGUUUAGAAACAGAUAAUGACAAAACAUACGAGUAUGACACUCGACAGCCACUCCAAGGCGGCUUGAGUGAUAAGGACGUCAAUUUCCAAAGUGUCGAGCAUGUGGCAGUAAGCGCCGUCAACAGCAAAAACACCAAACAAAUGGACAGCAGUGAAGAUGGCGCUGACAAAGAUUACCAAGAUGAUGAUGGCUACGGUGACAAUGAUGAUGACGAUGAUAAUGAUGGCAAUGCGUCCAUUGAUACCGACGAAUAUGUGAUCAGUGAUUACAAAACGGAGAAUGGCAGAAAACAUCUAGAAGCAGUAGAGGCUGGGGAUAUUGGUAGCGUGGACCGUGAACCUAACAGCACUGCUGUGAUUGUAGCUGCUGACGAAAUAGUGGGUGCUGACGAUAGGUUGGAAUACAAGCGUACCAAAGCGGAUGCUGCCGCUAUUGAAGAGCAGGAAAAUAUCGAGAACUACAAUGCAGAGCUGUUGAAAACCGAGACAGAAUCAACAAAAUUGAAAAAUGCCAGCGGUGGAGUUAGCGACGCAAACAGCGAUGAUUCCGAAAAUAACGACGAUGAAAGCAAAGGCGAAAGUGGCGACGACGGUGACAGUGAUGAUGACGAGGAAAUAGCGGAUGUGAAUGACACAGCUGCUGAUGCUGAAGCGGAAGAUUCCACUGCUGCUGUUGCUGUGAGUGCUGCCGCCGCUGAUCCGAUGAUUGCUGUCGCAGAUGUCACUAAACCGAACGGCGACGACGUCAAAAGCGCGCAGAGCAAUGCAUCGCGCUGA